AAUAUACCAAAAGAUUUCCUACACAAUUUCAAUGUAAAAGCAAUAACUUCAACACAAAAUAAAGUCAAAUGGAUAUCUCCAACUCCACUAAGAAAAGACUUUAUAACUAUACUAUGAAUGACGAAACCCUCGAAACUGUUAAACAUCACCCUUACUUAGGAGUCGAACUUUGUGAUAAUCUGAAAUUAUUUAGUAUAUUGUAACCUUAAAGCGUAAACACAAUUUGACAGUUCUUCGGAAACCGUGUUUUUCCUUCAUAUGGUACUGAAUUAAUACCAAAAGCAUGCGUAUAUAUCUUUUUAUUUGACUAUGCUGAAAUGGUUGUAUGCAGACUUUUCUGCCGAAGAUGCAGGUUGUCAUGGAAAUGCUGUUGCAAAUUUUGCUGCAUUGUUACCAUUGUGAUUUGUGUGGUUGCCAUGAAAUUCGUUCACUACAUUAUGGUUGAGAUGAACUGCACAGAUGAAGAAUCCAAAUCAGUUUUACAAGAUUUGUGUCAGUUGUACCACAGAGGGGAGGUGGCAGGAUCAUUUUGCCCAAUCUUGUGUGAUACCCAGCUACUCCAGUAUAGAUCAUGCCUUAACUACAAGGGCGGGAAAUAUGCACUGCAGAUGGUGUGCAAAAACUGUGGAGCUUCCAUGUAUCCGCCUGCAGUUAAUAGCGUUAAGAUACAGAGCUUGAUGCUGAAAGGUGCUAAUUCUGCAGGUGAUGUAAAACUGGUGUUUAAAAUGAAGGACAAAUUAGAGGAAACAAAACAGUCUUUGACUGGGAUGUUCCAUGACCAUUUGGAAAUAGAAACAUACAUAAAUAGGACAAGGGAAUCUGUCCGCAAUAGUUAUCGGAAUAAUUUAAUGGUGGAUAUGUCACAUGUUCAUGAUAUAAUCUUGUAUACAUGGGGAUAUGAUUUAUCUGAAUAUUUGUCUCAGUCUCAAAGUCAUCCCUCUCAAGUAACAUCAUUAAAGGGGGCGAUUUACAGCAUAUUAUCCCUCAUAGAGCAACAAGAGUAUUUAUUGUCAAAACUAUUGCAAAACUAUACAUUUUUACCACAGAUAUUUGGGACAUGUGGACCAGCUUAUGGUGUUGAAUUCACAGAAACAUUGAAAAAGUUUGAGCAACCAUUUUCCAUAGGGACUGGCAUUGAUUGGAAUGAACGGGCGCUUAUUGCAAUAAAGCUAAUUGAUCUUGUGAAACUUAUGGAUGAAGGUCUGCAUGAAACCUUGCACAUGUGCGAUGUGAAACCAAACAAUUUUGGGCUUCGUCCGAAUGGAGAUGUGACAAUUAUUGACUCAGACUGUGCCUUGUUUGAGUCAGAUCUGCGCAGACAGUUUGGCUACAGCAACUGUUCUAGUGACCAAGAAUGUGCAUUCUUUGACUGCCUUGGUACUUGUAAUAUAGUACUGGGAAAGUGCUAUAUGGAUCGGGCCAAUACUAAUCUACAGACGAUCUGCAAGGAUGUUUUCCGGGGCUAUUCCUCAGCAUUUACCACAGGUAUUCUCCACAGUCCACCGUCCCACAUCCAACCAGAGUUAUCUUCCCUGCUGGACAAAUGCUCCCUCCCAGAGAGUGUCAGGAGUCAAGAUGGUCAACCAGGAAAAGACAUUGAGAAUCUUGGUCUUGAUAUUCAAACCCUUCUACAGAGCAGCAUCAAACCUCAUCGAACAUGAAAAUAUUGUUAUUAUAACUGGUGCAACUAUUCCAACGUUUUGUCAGAACAUGUAUUCUUCAUUCAAGUUCUUUCUAGGAUUUGAAAAAGUCAAAGUGUCAUACCUGACUGUGUUUUAUGUUGACUAUAAAAUCACGAAACCGACGAGUAAACAAUAACAUUUCUUUAAUUCCAGAGUCAAAAUGAGAGAAAAGUCCUGAAUGAUAAACAGAGCCAUCAUGAACAAUUGCAUCUUGUCCUCAAGUAGAGGAUGUAAAUGUUUGGGUAUUAAUUUUUUUAUAUUGACUGUCUAUUCUUUGUGUAGCUAUAUAUUUUUUAAAUACAUGUAAUGUAGCUGAGCUGCAUUUGUGCAAUUUUAGGCAUAUGCCCAUAUUUUUAUUUUUCACAUUCAGAUAAAUUGUAUUUAUUUUUUGUAAUAAAUACUUGAACAUAA